AUGGCAGGCGCAUGGCAGAUGCGCGGACAAGGGGUCUUGGCGUCCCGCCCUACCGGCGCCCCAGUGCGGGACGGAAGGCGCUGGGCCACCGGCGCAAUCGAUCUGCGCGUGAACCUAGACCGGCCCGGGGCGAGAUUGACCUCCUUUCUCUGCCUGCUGCCCAUUUCGGCAGGCGAAGCCAUGAGUAGAUCAAGCACGAUGGAGAAGGCAGGUGUCUCCUCGAGCUCUGCAUCCGCCGAAUCAGCAAAGAUCUCGAACAAAACCGACGGCAAGACGACGACAGGUUUCGGGGGAUUUCUGAGAGUCUUCAAGUAUGGAGAACCGAUCGACUAUGCCCUCGAGGCAGUCGGCAUUCUUGCUGCCAUUGCCUCUGGCGUGGCCCUGGCGAUGAUGAACCUGAUUAUUGGUGGUAUGAUGAACCUGAUGAGCGACUUCUCAUCCAUCACGGCAGACCCUGAUAAGUUCAUGGCCAAAGUCAGCAAGAACGCACUCUAUUUCGUUUACAUUGGCAUCGCCCGAUUCGCCACGACUUACGUCUACUCCGCACUCUUCACCUACGUCGCCUUCAAGCUUACCCGCAACGUUCGACGAACAUACCUCCAGGCCGCCUUGAGCCAAGAAAUCAGCUUCUUCGAUCACGGAACUGCUGGCUCUAUUGCGAUGCAAGCCACUACGAACGGCAAACUGAUUCAAUCAGGAAUCGCUGAGAAGCUCGGCCUCUUCUUCUCCUCCAUCUCCACAUUCGUCGCCGCCUUCAUCAUUGCUUUCGUCAGCCAGUAG